CAUCGCCCCACCACCACCACCGCCAUGAACAUUCAGAAUCAUCCAGAGACCCCAAGCAAUUUGCUAGACGCCAUUUCAUUCUUUAUUGAGGCAACCAAUUAAGAAGGCGGCGCUGGCGCUGCUGAUUUGAUUGCAAUGCACGAGAGAGCGCGAGUGCGACGACGACUCUGGAAUUCUAUGAAUUAUUCGAGUACAAGUCUGUGUCUCUCGUACAGAUUUGAGCCCUUGUCAAAGGGAAAGCGCCUGAAACUUGUCUAAUCGCGCGGUACUUUUACUUCUAUGGAUUGCACAAGCCGCUUAUCAACACAAAAAUAACAAAAUAAAACUACUAGCAGACACAGACGAUGGAGCGCAACAGUCUCUACAACACACGACGACAAACAAUCUGGGUAAACGAAUCGUAUACGUAAUGGCAAACAAAGUUCCAUUCAUUUAACUCGAUUCGCUCGAUUCAGUUCUCAGGCAGGUGUCAAGCGACGCACACACAAAACCAAACGACGCGCGGCACAACAGAGUAGCAGCAGCAGCAGCAGCACCCCACCAUAUAAAUAUAUGAUACUUAAUUAGCAUACGCGUUUUUCAGUUCUGUUUCGGUUUCGGUUUGACGUUCGUUCAGCUCUCUCUCUCUCUGUUCGUUUGUACAUUUGCCUUUGGUAUCACUGUCAAAAUAUAUACGAGACUUGCACAUUCUGGUUACUAUAAAGUACAAAGUAUCAUUAAAUAAAUUAUAAAGCAACGAAAGAAAGAAAUAGAGAAGACGAAUCAACAUGUUGGAUCCCAUUUCGGACGCCCCUUUGGUGCUGGCAUAUGCAUUCAUGUCGCUGCUGGUGCUCAUUCUGUGCUUCAUAUUGGUCAAUGUGGUCCACAAGCUUUAUCGCAGCAUCAACAGCGUUGAGCCCAUAACGAGUACGAUUUCUACACAGCAGCUGAAGACCUCCAUAGCGGAGAUAGACCCACUGAAAACCGGUUAAACACUUGGAGAGUUGGAGCGAGCGUGGUGCGGCGCGUCGCGGGAGAAUCUCAGCGACAGAAUGCUCGCGGGAGACAGCUGGCGGUACACCCACGUACUGCACACACACAUACACACAUACAAACGUAUCCUAAUAUAAACUAACGCAAUUAGCCAUAAGCCACUGCCACUACAGGCAGUCUCUAGUCAAUUAAACAUUCUUAUUGUUGUCCUAAGGUUAGGUUACAUAUCCAUUACAAUGUACAUAAAUAAACGACUUUGAGCAUCAAGUAAGCAGCAAUUAA